GAGAGAGUGUCACAUUGGAAGUGAGGCCAAGGUGGUUUCUGAGAGGAAUACACAAUCUCUCUCUCUUUGAAGCGUGUGUGUUGGUAGCACUUGGUGGAGAGAGGGUCGUAAGUUCGUAACAGUCACCGCCUACCCGUCGCUUUCAAUUUCGUACCCGUUUUCCUUCUGAAAAGCUCUCUGUUUCGUCCACCUCUCUCUCAUUUGCUCUAUAAUAACCACCCACGAAGCCUGAGGUGCGGACCCAAUACCACAGAGAGGAAGAAAUGACGGGAGCAGCGGUCAAGGCCGAUGUGCUGCAGCCGCAUCCAGUGAAGGAUCAGCUCCCUGGCGUCGAUUUCUGCGUCUCCAGCUCUCCUCAUUGGGCUGAAGCCGUCCUCCUGGGAUUUCAGCACUACUUGGUAAUGCUUGGAACUACCAUUAUCAUUACGGGCAUCUUUGUUCCUAAAAUGGGUGGUGGCAAUGUGGAGAAGGCUGAGGUGAUACAAACUGUACUCUUUGUAGCAGGAUUAAACACAUUGCUGCAGACUUGGUUUGGAACUCGACUUCCAGUGGUGAUGGGGGCAUCUUACACAUUCAUCAUUCCCAUUUAUUCCAUUGUGUUAGCCCCGAAAUAUAGCACACACACUGAUCCUCAUGAGAGGUUUAAAGAAACGAUGAGAGGAAUUCAAGGAGCACUUCUUAUUGCAUCACUUUUCCCCAUGAUCGCUGGUUUCUUGGGAUUUUGGAGAAUUGUUGUAAGGUUUCUAAGCCCCCUUUCUGCAAUGCCUCUUGUAACUCUUACAGGACUCGGGCUCUACCAAUUGGGUUUCCCAAAUCUGGCAAACUGUAUUGAAGUUGGACUUCCACAGUUAAUUUUGUUGGUUUUUCUCUCUCAGUAUCUCCCUCUUAUGGCAAAAUCAAAAAGAGCCAUAUUUGAUCGAUUUGCAGUCCUAUUCUCGGUUGCAUUGGUAUGGGUAUAUGCAGAGGUCCUUACCGUAGCUGGUGCGUAUGAUGGAAGACCUCAAAUCACACAGCUUAGUUGCCGCACUGAUCGUUCUGGGCUCAUGGCUGCUGCUCCAUGGAUAAGAUUUCCAUAUCCAUUUCAAUGGGGGGGUCCAACUUUUCAUGCUGGAAAUGCUUUUGCAGUGAUGGCUGCAACUUUUGUUGCUGUUGUUGAGUCUACAGGUACAUUUAUUGCAGCAUCAAGAUAUAGUAGUGCAACACCUAUACCACCUUCUAUUCUUAGCCGUGGCAUUGGCUGGCAGGGAGUCGCUAUUUUUCUGGAUGGCAUGUUUGGUGCUGUAAGCGGAUCCACUGCAUCAGUUGAAAACACUGGUCUUUUGGGAUUGACACGAGUUGGAAGUCGGAGAGCAAUUCAAAUCUCAGCAGGGUUUAUGCUUUUCUUUUCUGUAUUAGGAAAAUUUGGAGCUCUAUUUGCUUCUAUACCCCUGCCAAUUGUAGCAGCUAUCUACUGCAUCUUCUUUGCCUAUGUUGCUUCAGCCGGUCUCAGUCUCCUCCAGUUCUGUAACCUGAACAGCUUCAGGUCAAAGUUCAUACUAGGGUUUUCUCUCUUCAUGGGUCUUUCAGUACCACAAUACUUCACAGAAUAUGUCUUUGUGACCGGUCAUGGCCCUGUUCACACCAGUACAAUUUCAUUCAACAACAUAGUUCAAGUGAUUUUCCAAUCCCCAGCAACAGUUGCAGCCAUAGUUGCUUUCUUCUUGGAUUGCACUCUGGACCGUGCCCACAGCUCUACUCGAGCAGACAGCGGUAGGCACUGGUGGGGAAAAUUCAGGAGUUUCCAUACAGAUACCAGGAGCGAAGAAUUCUAUUCGCUCCCCUGCAACCUUAACAAGUACUUUCCUUCAUUAUAACUUCAAGCUUACAAGUUUGCCAUCCAUGGAGUGCUUCAGAAAACAGGGAAAUGAAAAUGUGAAGCAUCACCUUAAAUUUAUAAUAAUCAUGCACUAUAGUUUUGUUGGCAGUUGUGUUUUUGCAAGUUUGAAUUUGAAAGGAAAGAGAGAAAAAUCAUAUUGAUGAGAAUGAGCCAUUACUGGUUCUGUAAUUGGCCUUGGAAGCCAUUACUGAUUCUAGAAUAUAGGAGUUGGAUUUGAUGUAAAUACAACAAUAUUAUUAUAGAUGAGAACAUGAUCAAUGCAAUAUUCUAGUGUGUAGUUUGAGUCACCUA